AUGGAUGAAUUUAGUAAAACCCAGGAAAACAUGGCAAACCAGGUUAAGGAACUGUACGAUGAACGGGACACGUGCACCGAUAUGCUGGACAAUGUAACAUCAAGAAUUGAGGGACGCCCAAAAGCAGACGUUUACCUUAUGUAUGACAAUGACACACGCUACGAUGAUUUCGACGUUGUCGGUGUUAGAGUUCCCUUCAGCUACGCAGACUGUUAUAAGGACCUUGUCAACAAUUACGUUCCUGAAAAUAGUGCCAAGCUGUGGUGCCUCCGUGCCGCUCUCUGGCAGUCCAAACAAGACGAUGACAACGACGAUGAGGAUGACCUGAAAUGCGUCUUAGAAAUCGCUAAAUAUGGUGUAAGAAAACCUGCAACUGGAUUUAGGACGAGACGCGAGUAUCGGACACUUUCUUUAGAGGAGCGUAACAGAUUCCAUGCUGCUUUGAAUUCGUUGUAUCACUCGAAUCACACAAAUGUUACCUGUUUCGCCCUGAUUCACCGUAUGGCUUUGAUAAAAGGUGGUGCCCACGGUGGAAACGCCUUUCUGCCCUGGCAUCGAGCGUUCAUCACCUUUUUUGAGGAGGCGCUUAGGCGUAUAGAUGAUAGAGUUUUCCUGCCAUAUUGGGACAGUUCCAUGGACGAUAAUAUGGCCGUGAGCCCUGCUCUGUCCGUUAUGUGGGAUAACAAUCAUAUGGGCACGGGUUCAGGGGUGGUCAAUUCUGGCCCGUUUGCUGGUUGGAUUGCGAGGGAUAAUCCUCUGACGCGCAACGUGGCUAGCGGAAAGGGAUCUCUCUACGAACAGUCUCGAAUUGAUCAAGUGAUGGGCUAUUGUAUGUUAGCGGACUUUCACGGUCUCUGGGAGCGGGGUCAUAACAGUGUUCACGUCUGGGUAGGUGGGACCAUGGCCGGUCUCAUGGCAGCUGCCGAUCCCGUAUUCUGGAUGCACCAUGCCUUCGUUGACUAUCAGUGGGAAAAGUUCCGAGAGCGCCAGAAGACUGUAUGUGGGAUUGAUCCAGCCUCUGACUACCCGCCUAACAACCCUGAUAAGCCUGAGCAUAAUCCCGAGGCAAGAAUGGUUGGCAUGCAGUUUCUUGCUAAUGAGGAUGGUAUUAAAGACACGUGGACAGACGCCUGGUACAAUUAUUCUGACACACCAAAGUGCAGCAAUAACUGCGGUGGAAGUUCUGAACUGUUUUGUGAUGAAGCGUCGGGACUUUGUGUGUCUGAAAUGAGGUUAUUUGCACCCGGUGCGACUCAGAUCAGGAACGUGAUUCGUACAAAGCGAGCGGCAACUUAUGCUGAUUUGAUACAAAGAGGUGCCAAACCUUACACUGGUAAAUGUUCGAUAGAUCCGUAUGCACAAGAAUGUGCUAAAGGGCCACCACCAAGGACGGUUGAGCAGUUAGUCGAAGCAUUGGUCAAUGAUGACGACAAGCGAUACCCACUCCCACCUGUAAUAAAGGAUGCGGAAGAAAAGCUUCGCGAUGAAAUUGACUAUUUUUACUCCUACCCAGAAGAAAAGGGAAUUCCAUUCUUUAAACCUGCACCUGAGGGGAAAAACGACUGCCGAACUAGGGAGACGUUUGUUUACGAUAUUGUAAAGGCAUUGGUAACGGAGAAGAAGAUAACUGGAACUAUUGAAAAUCCUACUAAGGGAAAUGUAACUAGAGUUAAAUACAACCCCAAUUGA